AUGUCGCUGUAUCACGAGGCUGCCGACAUUCUCACGGCGAGCUCCGACCACGGCGGCAGCUUGAGGAGCCGCGUGUUUGGUAAAAAGGGUCUCAAGUCGCCGCCGGCGCAGGUCUACGCCCUCGCACUGGAGACGUGCAAGUGGAGUGCAAUCUUGAAGGAGGUCAUCGAGGCGGCGGACAUUCUGCGCCAUGAGCGCAAGCUCACACCUAUACUGGCGCUACUGCUGGUGCACGACUUCCUCCUGGCCAAGAAGGGUAUCGCGCUGCCCCAGUCUCACGGUCUCAGGACAACCAUUGAGCGGCACAAGGCGAGACUGACCUCUGAACUCACACGCGCCCGUUUGAGGAGGAAGAUGUCGUCGUUGGAAUUGCUGCGGGCUGGUGUCAACGCCAACACGGAUCCCGAAGGAAGACACCCUCGAUGGAUCAGGGUCAACGUGCUCAAGAGUAAUGUCGAGGACCAGCUUGAGACCACCUUCAAGGGGUACGAGAGGGCACUCUCCAUCGAGGCCGUGACGCAGGCAACGGGCAAGGCCAUCUUUAUCGACACUCAUAUCCCCUUCCUUCUCGCAGCAUCACCCGGCACGGAUGUGACCAAGACGCAGGCCUACCUUAAGGGCGAGAUCAUUCUGCAAGACAAGGCAUCCUGCUUUCCAGCGUACCUCCUGGACCCGCACUCAGAGGACGGGGACGUUAUCGAUUCGUGUGCGGCGCCAGGGAACAAGACAACGCACCUCGCAGCGAUUGUCAAGUCGCACGAACCCGAGCAGGGAGCCCAAAAGCAGACCAUCUUUGCGUUCGAGAGGGACUCCAAGAGAGCUCAUACACUAGAAAAGAUGGUCAGGAUUGCUGGCAGUCGGGGCAUGACCAAGAUCGGUCCUGGCCAAGACUUUUUAGAUGUUGAUCCCAAGUCCGACACGUACAAGGACGUCGGGGCCCUGCUGCUGGACCCCAGCUGCUCUGGCAGCGGUAUCGUAGGGCGUGAUUCGAUGCCGGAGCUGCAUCUCCCAGAAGUUCCUGGCCCGCCUGGAUCCAAGAGCGCAAAGGGAAAGCCGUCAAAACAGGACGACCGCAAGCGCAAGCGGGACGAAACGGAAGAGCCCGGUGCGGUGAUGGUCGAUGACGACGGCAACACGGUCGAGGUACAGUCGGAGCAGGAGCUGCAAAAGCGCCUAGAUGCGUUAGCCGGCUUUCAGUUGACGCUUCUGCUUCACGCCAUGAAGUUUCCCGCAGCCAAGAAGAUUACCUAUUCCACCUGCUCGAUACACGCAGAGGAGAACGAGGGCGUCGUGAUCAAGGCCCUCGCGUCACGCGUUGCGAAUGAGCGCGGAUGGAAGAUUCUACCGAGGCAGAAGCAGGUCCGCGGUAUGCGGGAGUGGCCCGUCCGUGGACUCCCCGAGGCGACCGGAGGUGAUGAGACCGUGGCGGAAGCGUGUAUCCGGACAUACAAGGGCGACGGCCACGGCGUGAUGGGAUUCUUCGUUGCCGCGUUUGCGAGAGAGGAGGCGAUUGACGAGGAUGGCCCGUACUUGAGAGACGACGACGGACGGAUCAUGAGGGAUAUGGCUGGGAUGCCGGUGCUUAAGAGUACGGGGAAGCCUGUGGUAUUGGAGGCGGCGACUGUGAGCGUGCCGGAGGAGGAGGCUUCAAGCGAGGAUUCAUCUGAAGAGAGCGAGGACGAAAGUGACGAGGGCGGCGACGAGGAUGAGUGGAAUGGAUUCGACUAG